GGAGCGGGAGAGGGAAAGGCAUAGGCACCGUGACAGCAGGAGGUCACCAUCACCAGAUAGGUCCUACAAAAAAGACUACAAGAGGGCAGGAAGCCGGUCUCCAAGCAGAGAGAGGAAGAGACCUCGAUGGGAGGAGGACAGAGAAAGGUGGUCUGAGAAUCAGAGCUCCAGCAAAGAGAAAAAUUAUACUGCUAUCAAAGACAAGGAAUCAGAAGAGAAUGCAUCUGAAAAAAAUGAAGAGGAAGAUGAGGAAUUACUUAAGCCAGUCUGGGUUCGCUGUACCCACUCUGAAAGCUAUUAUUCCAAUGACCCCAUGGAUCAAGUGGGGGACUCUACAGUGGUAGGAACAAGCAAGCUCCGGGACCUGUACGAGAAGUUUGAUGACGAGUUAGGGAAGCGACAGGCAAAGGCCAAAGCAGCCAGGCCACCCUGGGAGCCACCAAAGACCAAGCUGGAUGAAGAUUUAGAGAGCUCCACUGACUCAGACUGUGACUCUGAAGAUGACAGCAGCUGCUCUAGCAGUUCAGAUUCAGAUGUUUUUGACGUAAUUGCAGAAAUUAAGCGUAAAAAAGCACAUCCUGAUCGUCUCCAUGAAGAACUGUGGUACAAUGAUCCAGGACAGAUGAAUGAUGGACCCUUGUGCAAGUGCAGUGCUAAAGCCCGACGAACGGGAAUAAGACAUGGCAUUUAUCCUGGUGAAGAGCCCAUUAAACCAUGUCGCCCCAUGACCAACAACGCUGGAAGACUAUACCACUAUCGAAUUACUGUGUCGCCUCCCACAAACUUCUUAACAGACCGACCUACUGUUAUUGAGUAUGAUGACCAUGAAUAUAUCUUCGAAGGGUUCUCAAUGUUUGCUCACGCCCCACUAACAAAU